AUGGCACCAAAUGUGGCACCUCAUACUACGGCGUCGGGAUAUCUCCUAACUCAGCGACAGUCGCACUUAGGGACUCGCUCUAUGGCCCCGGCAGUAUUCGAUCGCAUAUGCAUCGAGUCAUUUAUUUAUCAUGCGUCUAUCAUGAUGCUCUUUGAACCAUCUCUUGAUGCCCUUUCAUCUAUACGGCAAGAACUGGAUAUACCCAGAUAUUUCUCUUAUGUGGAAAAGAGCGAGAUAUCGCUUCCCGUCCAACCAAUUCUCCAAACGUCCUAUGACUUCUUCCUGUCGAUCGCUGAUGCUACAAAGCUCGCUCGCAUAUCCAGAUCUUUGGUCGAUGCGGAAAUAACGCUGUGGUGCAAUACUUGGCUAAGACUAAUUCAGUGGGAUCAGGUUGAUCAUACAGAUGACGCCUCACUAAAGCUAUACUUCACUGCCCUUCAAAUACUGCUGCUGAAAACGGCUCCUGAUUUGUUGAACGAAGAAAAGACGCUUCAGAUAUCUGAGUGUCUUCAGGAUGGGCUGCAAAUUAUCGUUUCGUUAGAGCCUGAACAAUAUGCGUCUAGCUAUCUCUUGUGGCCGCUAGCAAUUCUUGGUUCUAUCAGUGUAUCUGAAAGGGAACGGAAUGCGGCAAGAGACUACAUUCACAUGUUGAUUCAGUCUAAAAGAGGAGGUCAAGCAGUAUGGGUGCAGAAGCGCUUGGACAGGGUUUGGAACCUGACAAAUUUUUCUGCAAAUUGCCCAUCCUCGGGAAUGAGACUUCGAGGGCUGCAACUAUUGCUUGAUGCGACAUAA